UCCAUCACCAUUUCUCUGACCAACGAAAGUCUCUCUCUCCUCCUCUCUAUCUGGGCCCUCCUCCGUCCAUUAAACCUCAGCACAGCGAGAGCAACUGACUAUAUAUAAAACAACCCAGAACUAAACAGUCGUUUGCUGUUUGCUGUUUUGUGUUUUUCUCUCGAGUUUGAAAACAACAAUGGCGGCAGACUAUGGUGGAGGUGUUCGUGCAAUUUCUCUCUCGCAAGGCGGCAGAAACUCCGAUGAAGACGACGGCUCCUCCGAGCAUAGCCCCCGGAGCGCGAGUGGGGGCAUCGUCGUUGUGGGAGGCGGCUCUUCCUCGUCCAAGUCAAAGUUUGUGUCACCGUCAGGUGAGAUUAUCAUGUCGAAGAAGCCGAGAGGCAGGCCGCCGGGUUCGAAGAACAAACCCAAGCCCCCCAUAGUCAUCACCAAAGACUCCGAGGUCGCCAUGAAGCCCGUCGUCCUCGAGAUCUCCGCUGGCUCUGACGUCAUCGAAGCCAUCAUCCAGUACGCCCGAAGGCGCCACGUGGGCAUCAGCGUCUUGAGCGGUUCGGGGGCGGUCUCCAACGUUACCCUUGUACACCCAGCUGGGCCACACCACCACCCCAGCGCACCCUCUCUGCUGUCUCUUCUUCACGGGCCCUUCAACCUCCUCUCCCUCUCCGGCUCCUUCAUGGAUGCCGUCCCAGCAGCGGCCACGUGCCCUUCCUCGGCUUCCUCGAAGGUGGCCACGUCAGCUGGGGGCUGUUCUUUGCUGGGUAGCGGGUCGUUUGGGAUAUGCCUGGCUGGGGCGCAGGGGCAGGUGUUUGGAGGGAUUGUCGGAGGGAAGGUGGUGGCGGCGAGCGCUGUGGUGGUUGUGGGUGCCACCUUUGUGAAUCCGACGGUACUGAGGCUGCCUCUGCCUGGUGAUGAUCACGAUGAUCAUGAACAUGGUGUUGAGGGUGGGGCUCCUGCUGCUGAGUAUGAAGCUCAGGAGACGAAGCCUUGCGUUAAUGUUGAGAGUCAUUGUAGUGCUUACGGCGGCGGCGGGGGCGUUGCGAGCUCGACGCCUAUGAAUUGCCAGAUCACAAGUGUUCCCGAUCAAGUCAUGCCUUGGGGUCCUCCCUCUCGCCCUCCUUACUAAUUACUAGUUAUAAGAAUAUUAUUUAUUAAUAUUAAUUUGGCUUUGGGGAUGAAGCAACAAAAUUAUAUUAAUUGCAGCUACCAUUUUCUCUU